AUGGUGUACAAUCGACUGCACGUCAUAGAUCUUCCAGACAACUCUGCUUUCACGUGGUUACUGUGCCUUUUCACACAGGAUUUCGUCUAUUAUCUCGGUCAUCGAGCUAUACAUGGGAUAUUCUGGUCCUUUCAUCAAAUUCAUCAUUCCUCUGAGUACUACAACUUUACUACUGGUGCACGGAUGGGAGCCGAUUCAGCCGUUGCCAUCCCACCUAACGUAUUUAUAGUUCACCGCUACCUGGUUAUCCUCUUCCAAUUCUGGCUUCACGCGAGUUGCAUACCUCCACUCGGCCCACUUGAGUACAUAAUUUGUACUCCGUCCAGCCACCGUGUCCAUCACGGCAGGAACCCAUACUGCGUCGACAGGAACUAUGGCGGCGUUUUCAUCAUAUGGGACAGACUUUUUGGCACAUACGCAGCGGAGCGCAUGGACGAGGAGAUCGCGUUCGGACUUGUUACCCCAGUGAAAUCAUUUGAUGUUAUGUGGUGUGAGUUCUUCGAAUUCAAGGCUAUGGGCUACGAUAAAGGUCAGAUGAGGAACGAGGAAAACGAGGAGAUUUUUCCAGGUUCAUGGAAUAAGAUGAAGGCUGCUCUCUGGCCGCCAGCUUACCUUCCAGGAAUGAAAACAAAACCGUUCUUUUUAUGGCUAUCUCUACAGGAUCAUACAGAUGGAGUUCCUGAGGUCGAGAGUCCUAUUGUUCGUUAUAACCCUCCUCUAGCAGUCCCCAUUCGCUGCUAUCUGCUAGCACAAUGGCUGUUUCUUCUGAUUUGCUUUCUGCAAUUCGUUAUCAUCCGCUUGUUCUCUAGACUGGACUGA